CUUUAUCUCUUUAAAGCUGAAGAGUUCCACUUUAAGUACACGACAACUUCCCUCUCCAUAAUCAACUUCUCGGCUGGCAUUUUCAGUCUCUGCAUUAUCAUAAAAUGGACCUUACACAAUUCCUCCCCGAGAAAUUUAAGAAGAUUCCCUGUCAUAUGGACUAUGAAGGACAGAAACGCGCAGAACAGUUAUUUCAAGUCAUCAUUGUCUUGUUUGGGGUUGUAGGAUUUAUAUGGGGAUACAUCUGCCAGCAGUUUUCUCAAACAAUGUACAUCUUAUUGGCUGGAUUUGCUCUAUCAUGCAUUUUGACUUUACCUCCUUGGCCAAUGUUUAGAAGAAAACCACUACAAUGGCAGAAAGCACGACCCGAACCUGCAGAGGAUUCUGGGAAGGAUUCUACUUCAUCGUCCUCACAGAGUUCACAAAAAUCAAAGAAAAAGAAGUAGAGAUCUGCAGAGUCUAUUUCAGUGGGUGUUGUGGUGCUAAAUGUUUCUGAUGUGACUGACUGAUGACUUUAAGAUUCAGAUUAAUUUUGCUUCAUAUGUCAUUUCCAUGACUUUUUAUCAUGAUAAUUAUGGGGGGGGGGGGGGUCUUGCAUUUUUUUAAUUCAAGCUCUACUCUGCACUCUGCAGCAACUCUCAUUCAUAAAGACAAAGUUCAACUUGGUUCAAUAGAGAACUCAACAAGGGUCUGGAUGUUUGCAAGGAAAAAUAGGUGCAAUAUCAUUAUAUGUUUCAUUUUUUGUGUUGAUCUGAGAAAGUACUGUAAAUAAAAAAGAAUGUGUC